AAUCCAUUAGCAUUUUCCUCAAAGCGACAUAGUUCAGCUUUUCUUACCUGCUACAAAACAGAGCGAACGCUGCGCAUUUUUAGUCAAAGUGUAUCCGUCGUUGAAUGUGCGAGAUGAAACACAACUCGAACGUCCCGGCUUUCCUCACUAAGCUGUGGACUCUGGUCGAGGAUGCAGACACCAAUGAGUUUAUUUGCUGGAGUCAGGAGGGCAAUAGCUUCCUGGUGUUGGACGAGCAGCGCUUUGCCAAGGAGAUCCUCCCCAAGUUCUUCAAGCACAACAACAUGGCCAGUUUCAUCAGGCAGCUCAAUAUGUGUAAGACAGCAUUCAUCACUUUGGCGGUUCGUUCCCCGGCUACUCUCGCUACAUGUCUGGUUUGGGCGGAUGUUCACCAGUUCAAGUCCCCACAGUAUGGGGGUGAAACUGGCACCUUAGUCAACUAAUCAGUUGUCCACUAUCAAAUUGAUCGCCAUAUAUUUUGACAAUCACUUAAUUGUUUAAAGUAAUUUUUUAAGAAAAAAAAUCUAUGAUUUUAGCUUUUCAAAUGUGAAUAUUUUCUGAUUUAUUUCAUCCUCUAUGACCGUAAACUGAAUAUCUUUGGGUUGUAGACAAAACAAGACAUUUGAAGACGUCACCUUGGGCUUUGGGAAACACAUUUUUCACCAUGACAUAUUAUAUUCUUUGCAUAACAAUAACUGUAGAAAACAGCUGAUAAACUAUACAAUGAACCCAAAUAGUGUACAUAAUAACAGCCGUUUGUGUAUAUUUGGAUGAAUUUUGAGCAGAAUAUUUCCUGUAAGCAUCAGAAAUGAGUUUUCCUUAUAUUUUUAGGAACCUUUAUACAUUUCUUUGUAUUAUGUAUCUUUUGAAUUUGUUAAUCAUACAUACAUAAUAUGCUUUUUUGGACAGGUUUUCUUCUCAUUAUUCCAUUAGCUCUUUGGUUGUUUAAUUUUUCUAAUGCAGGCUGAGGCUGUUUAUCAGAGAGUGAAGGCUCUGCGAACAUAGCUUGUGUUCAAGUCCUCACUGUGCCCCUUUCCUUUUUUAUAUCUUAAAUAAUAAUCUAAACAUUAAAAUUGACAAUUUCAUUUAGUUUUCUGAAAUAAAAGAAAUGCUGAGGUAAAGGCCUACUGUAUAUAUUUAAAAAAACAUAAAAGAAGAGUGAAGUUGUGACACAACCCAGUAAACAUAUACUGUUACAAUUAUUUUCUAAGCAAGGAUUACGAGCAGGUGAUUGUCCUAGUACUGACC